AAUUAUCAUUGACACAUUUGGGCCAAAGUUCACGGAAGAACCCUGGAUGAGACAAAAUCUAUUCCGGGUCAGUGAAACUUUGAAUAAAUCAGGAUGGCUUGGAGGUUCAAAGUUUCAAAAUAUAAAAAUGCUGCCCCAAAAUUUCCUAAAAAAGAGGAACUCAUUCAAGACAUACCAGUCAGUGACAUAAAUGCCUCAUGUGGAAACCAUAUUAAAGCAAGUUGUAUUUAUGCUGCUUUCAAUAUUGAUUCUGGAGGAGGUGGUAAUCUAGGUUAUCUACCUUUAAAUGCAAGUGGUCGUCAAGGAAACACCUUGCCAGUAAUCUAUGCUCAUGCAGAUUUUGUAACAGAUCUUGAUUUCUCUCCCUUUGAUGAUUAUUUGCUUGCAACUGGAUCUCAAGAUUGUAAGGUCAACAUUUGGUUACUGCCAGAUGAGUCCAGUCCUGGUUCUUUAUCCCAGCCUGUUUUGUCACUUCCACUGUUUGAUAGAAAAAUUGAGAAUGUUUUGUGGAACCCUCAGGCAGAGGGCAUAUUAGCCGUAACAUCACACACUACUGUUAAACUGUAUGACAUUACUGGAGCCAGUGGACAAGAACUCUUCAAUAUUUCCAAAAGUUCUGACCAAAUUCAAAGUAUUUCAUGGAAAGGAGAUGGCUCUCUCUUGGUUACAUCUGGUAAAGACAAGAAAAUCAGAGUUAUAGAUCCUCGAUCCAAUUCUGUUGUUCAGGAAGGAAAUGGACAUCAGAAUGUCAAAGAUUCUCGAGUUCUAUGGCUUGCUGGGAAAGAAUUGAUUCUCUCCACGGGUUUCUCUCAGGGUAGAACAAGGGAAGUAAAAGUUUGGGACUCAAGGCAGAUGUCAACCUCAUUAUCUUCCUUGGAUAUUGAUUCAUCAACAGGGACCAUCAUGCCAUUGUACGACCCAGAUACAAAUAUGACAUUCCUGAUUGGAAAGGGAGAUACUUCACUCAACUUUUUAGAGUUGGCAGAUAAAGAUCCAUAUUUAACUCCAGGUGGGGUCGAUCGAACUGAACAAAUCAAAGGAGCUGCACUUGUUCCGAAACGAGCCAUGAACUUAAUGGAGGCUGAAGUCAACAGACUUUUAGUUUUGUGCCGCAACUCUAUUAUCCCAGCAUCUUACAUUGUUCCUAGAAAGUCUUAUAGAGAGUUCCACUCAGACCUGUAUCCUGAUACACAGAGUAGUGAACCUUCUCUAACUUCUGAGCAAUGGCUGAAUGGUCAAACUGGCCAGCCAAAGUUGGUCAGUCUACAGCCUUGCAAGCAGCUCAUCACACGCAAUAGAAGAGGAUUGCUUUUAACUGGAGCUUUAAAGGGAGAGAAACUUACAGUAAAAAAAGAAGAGCGUCAAGAAGAAUCAUCCAAUCCUGUUGAGAAAUUAUCUAAAGCACCAGAUGUGGUUGAUUCUGUCUCAUGGCCAGAUAUAAAGUCAGGGGGAGUUAAAACUGAGUCCCAGUCACAGGAAACAGUAGUGAAUAGAACCACUGCAAGUGUUGAGAAAUCCAAAGACCAUAUUGAAGUCACACCUAACAAUGUGUCCAAAGUCAAGCCCAAACCUGAAGUUGUAGAAAAGCCUCUGUUAACUCCUAAACCAGUCAAAGCCUUUACAGCUGUACGCCAGUCCAAAGUUCGACACAUUCAAGGUCAGCUGCUUCACCCAAGCUGUUUCUACACCAACGUUAGAAAUGUCUGUAAGACAAUGCCAGGAGAAAGUGACAUGUUUGCUGCUAAUGUUACUCGAUGUGUUGUCCCAACAGACAGUUUUGGUGGCUGUUUGCAUGUUUUUGAAUUUUCUAAAGCUACCAGACUACCAGAUACUGGAGUUCCAGUUAUUCAGAAUGGAAGUAAAGUGGCAGACUUUGCCUGGGAUCCUUUUGAUGACAGCAGACUUGUAGUUGUGACUGAUAAUGCUAAAAUCAAUGUGUGGACAAUUCCUGAUGGAGGUAUAACACAGAAUCUAGAACAACCAGAUAUCAGUUUAAAAGGUCACAUGGAGAAAAUCUAUUUUGUGCGCUUUCACCCGCAUGCCUCCAACUUGAUCGUGACCGCCUCCUAUGACAUGACUGUGAGGUUGUGGGACUUGAAGCAACAGAAGGAGGUCCUCAGGCUGGAAGGGCAUGAUGACCAGGUGUUCUGUUUAUCCUGGAGCAGUGAUGGCCGACAGUGUGCUACAGUGUGUAAAGAUGGAUUGGUCAGAAUCUUUGAACCCAGACGCAGCCUGUCACCACUCAGGAAAGGUCCUGGGCCUGCAGGCAUCAGAGGUGCUAGAGUGGAGUGGGUCUUACAAGAUAAACAUCUGGUAGUCUCUGGAUUUGAUAAAAACUCUCUUCAACAGUUGAUAUUUUAUAGAGUCAGUGACCUUGAGAUUUUAACACGUGUUGAUAUUGCUGUAUCUCCAGCCAUCUUGAUUCCAUAUUAUGAUCCAGACACUUCCGUCAUUUUUCUAACUUGUCGAGGGGAGCGUUUAAUUUACACAUUUGAAGUCUCGGAAGAAGAACCUUAUUUGUUUGAGUGCACUACCUGCAAGCUGGAGGGGCUCCAUCAGGCAGUCAGCUAUUUACCUAAAUACACGUGUGACGUCCAGAAAGUGGAAGUAAUGAAAGCCUGGAGACUUACUACAAACAGUAUCGAGGCCAUUUCUUUCACAGUCCCUAGAGUCAAGACAGAGUUUUUCCAAGAUGACCUUUACCCUGAUACUAGGGUAUCAUGGGAACCUACUCUCACUGCUGAAGAAUGGUUGGCUGGAAAAGACAAACCUCACAGACUUAAAAGUAUGAAACCUUCAGACAUGACAGCGUUAAGCAAUGCUCCUGUGGAAGCACCAAAGAUGAAAAAAUUUGAAAGUUUUAACCCUGACACGUUUAAAACUGAUGAACAAAAGAAAGAAGAGUUGUUGAGUGCCAUGGUGGGCAAGCUGGAAAUGUCCAGUGCACCGCUUCCACAAGACUUGACUGAAGGUGUCCAGGACGACGAAUGGGACGAUUGAAAAAUUACAAGUGUUCCUGAAGUCUAAACAACAACCAAGAUGGCUGCUCAAAGUGGAUAUCAUUGUAUCAGCAUGUAAUAUUUUCAUAUGCCAACUCUUGAGAUUUGUUCUUUAUGUUAAUAGUCUUUGUUGAUGUUCCUGAUUUGUUCUUUGUUAAUGGCCUCUGUUGAUGUUUUCAUGUAUAGGUUGCAAUAUUACACAUGUUUAAGUAUUUAUAAUUUUUACAUAUUGAAAACAUCAUUACAUGAAGUGACCUUUUCUAUCAGCCAGGGGCAUAACUGGGGUGAGGGUAGGUGGAGAUUUUGACUUCUGCUGUGCCAAAAUUUUUAUUUUCAAUUUUUCUAAAAGCUUUUUAUUCAUAAUAAUUUAGCCACGACCGUACUCUUUUUUUUCCAAGCAUUAUAAAUUGGCUGUGGCCAGAGAAGGCAGUCAAGCCAUUAUUUAGUUUAAUGCCUUUAUUUAAUCUUGACAUAAUAUUUUUAUAUUUAGAAAACAAUUCUGUUGUGUGCCUUCUUUUUGUUUUUAACUUCCAAGUUGUUCUUUGCUUCUUAGCUUGAGAUUAAUUUCAAAUGCAUUGAGAGAUUGCUCCAGAAAUGAAUGUACUCUUAGUGUUUUUAGCAGCAGUAGCAUUUCCUUUGGGAAAAUUAUUUCUUACACUGCUCAUACCAGGUGGCUGCCUGGGCGUGUGGUAUGCGCCCUGGACUGUUGUUAGGACUUGUCCAUUGUCCCGGGUUCAAACCCUGCCCGCUGCCACACACCCUCGUCCGGUGUGAGGUUUGGACUAGGAAGUAAAUUAUCUUCAACUCUGAAGGAACAUCCGAAACAUGUAAAACAUUUUACAAACAAACAUACUGCUAGACCGAAUUGAAUAUUGUAUGAAACAGAUUGGGGCAUGUUUGUAAACAACUGCCCAGACAUUGAUGAACUUACCACAACUGUUAAUUCGUACAUCCAGUUCUGUGAAAACACGAUUGUACCAAAGAAGAAAAUUAAAACAUUUAGUAAUAAUAGACCCUGGAUGACCAACAUUAAAAAUUAACAUUCUGUCGUCAUCGAGAAGUACAUAGAAGUCUAUUUAUAAAGCGCUGGUUAUGAGUGUGUAUGUGUUUUUCGUGUGUGAAUGUCGUUCGUAUGCGCAUCUAUUUUUUGCAUCUACAUUGUUAUUGUACAGGAGUUACGCUGAGGUUGUCAAUUGUAGUCAAACUGAAUUUCCAUUUGAUUGGAUCAAUAAAGUUAUCUUAUCUUAAAUUGUUCAGAUGUGCAAUUCAUGAAAAUAUAAAGACUUGCACGAGACUUCUAUUUGAUAUUAGUGUGUGGGCAUUUGCAUCCAUUAAAUACAUUGUUAAUGCAAACAUAUAGUUUAUAUGAAUAUAUAUAUUUAUAUAUCAACCCUUAUGCUCAGUAUUUACUAGUUACUAAAUAAUUACAUGUCAAUCAUUGUUUUAUGUAACCUCUGUUGGCUUAACACUAGCAACAAAGCUCAGCUUAAACUGAAAUGCAUCAAAUGUUCAGAUUAUUUAUUUAGGUUUAAUGAGAGGACAGUAAGUUCUUUCCCCCUGUGCUACAUGUGAAAUGAGAGGUUCAAGGCAUUUACUUUCUUUGAGUUGAUUUUAUGUGCUUCUUAUUACAGAUUAACCUUUAUCAUAAUUUAGAUCAACUGUUCAUUUUAGUUCAAUUUUUUUUUUAAUGAAAAGAAAUUAAUUUUACAGAUAAAUCAUGUCACAAGUUGUCACAAGUUUUAUUUUGAAUAUGUUGAGGAUAUCUUCAUUUGAUUUAAAAAUACUUCAACUGAUACACACUUAGGUACUGUAGGAUAGUAUAAUAAAUUGACAACAUUCCCAUAGAAUAAAUAAUUUCCCAUGUAGAAAAACGAAAAUAUUUCUGACUGAAAAGAUCAGAGACAAUUAUGUUAACUUCAAGCCUGGACGUUAGAGUUAUAUCAGCAAUUAUAAUUCACCUUAGAACUCACUAUGCUUACUUAAAACUCAUGAAUAUUAACUGCCUGUGGACUGAUUUAACAGCUGUGGCAGAAAAGUAAUGAGACUUGAGUUUUCAUUCACCAAAUGUUUAAUUUUUUUCCCCAACAUCAAUGUUAUCUCCUUCAAAAUAGUUUCACUUGGGCAGCUGAACAGCUAUGUAGAUGUUCCCACUUUAGGUAGCAGUGCCGGAAGCCUUCAACUGGUAUGGUCUUCAGCAUGUUCCUCACAUUCUUUUGGAUGCUUUCUUAUGUCCAAUGAGGACUUUAAGGAAAAAGUCACUUGGGUUUAGGUGGCAUGAAACCAGAGCAAUGCCCCUUGAGGUCAAAACAUUUUAUGACGGAGAGGACAGUGUUACAGAGCCAUGCCAUGAUGGAUUUGGACCAUCCAUUCAUCUGCAAACGAGUCUUUAAAGGACACCUUUAUAAAAAAAAAAAAAACUUGGGUAGUUUGUCUUGGAUUCCCCUUGUCAAAAAAAAAAACCAAUAAGCAUUGAUUUGAUCCUCCCAUCUCAUUCAAGCUUUCUUUGCUCGAGGAUACAGAUCAUUGACUCAUUUCUUCAGUUUUACCAUGUGUCUUGAUCUUAGUCUGUAGGUAUCUCAUGUACGCCUUUGAAUUGUCUUUGUUUGUUGUGCUGGUAUUUAAAACUGUUGACUAAUUUACCUGCUAUGCAAACAUUCCAUUCCUAGAAAAUGUUUGUUUUUUUUAUUCUUUUGUGAUAUUUCUAUUUCAAACAUUGAUAUCUAUAAGUUAUACAAGUUUAGCACAAUGACCUUGUCUAAACCAAAGUCAGACUUUUUCAGAUCAGCUCUUUAUUUUGUACACUCCCUUAGAGAAAUUUUUAUUUAGCUUGUUCAGUCCAUUCUGGUCCAAUCUCUUUUGUAACAUGAGAAAAAAAAAGGGGGGGGGGGCUUGGUGUUCCCUUGCGUUAGGAGCCCAACAAACAUGGGUUUAGUUUUUAAUUUUAAAAACAUUCCUAGUCUACAUCGAGCUCUCUGAAACCAACCUGUUUGCUAAUAUUUACUAUUGACUAUAUUUAUAUUAUAAUAAAUCAAUACAAAUACAUCAUACUAACAGUUGUAUUGAAAACACAUUAAUGAGGGAAUUCUAGAAACAUUUGUUUGAAAUUAUGUCUUAAAUAUUUUAAUGAAUCUUUACAUACAAUUGUAACCAAAUAUACACAUAAUAAUAAAUUAAUUUCUGAAAUUUA